AUGACAUCUGUUAUAAUAGGAGGUAGAAAGAGAAAGAACUCACCUGAUAAUGAUACUGAAAUUGAUACGGAUAACAAUGACAUGUCGAAGGUUAAUAAAAAUGAUCAAAAGAAGCACAAGCAGUUAGAAGUUGUGUUUUCGUCAACAAUCGAGAUGCCAGCGCYAUUGAGGGACCGUAUCGCUGAACUCGGCGGUUACGACAUCCAAAUAGUGAUCCAAAAACGACUACAGGACACUGACCUCAACCGUAACCACGGUCGAUUGUCAAUUCCGAUCAAGAAGCUCCUCAACGAUUUCACUACRGAGGAGGAGAAGCAACUGCUGGACCAACAAGAUGAACAUCAGAAUAACAAAAAUGGAGUGMGCGCAUUGAUUCUUGAUCCUUGUUUGCGAGAGAGUACCAUUCAUUUGAAGAAGUGGAAGAUUGGAAGUCGCGAAAUCUACUGCUUGGUGUCUCAGUGGAAUUCUUUGGCGCAAAAAAAUUCCUUGGAGAGUGGAGACUUCAUCCAACUUUGGAGUUUUAGAAAGAAUAGUGGAACACCCACCCCUCAUCUUUGCUUCGCAUUGGUCAAGCUCGACAUAUCUGAAGGAAUCUUUAGAUUUAUUUAA